UUCGCCUUGAAAACAUGGCGCUACUGCAGCUAUCCGCCGAGCCUCAUUUCUUAAACGUGGAGAAGCUACAACCCAACCCGCAAUAAACAGCCAGCUCAAAGACCUCCCAGUUUCCUCAAAUUCAACCUUUACAAUAAUCGCAAGUCAUUGGAUUUAUUAAUCAAUAAUUCAAAUUCACAAUGUCCUCCGAGCUUGACAAACAGCCAAUCUCUUCCAAACACCUCACGAAGGCAGAGCGCAUCAAACAACUCAAUGAAAUUGACCAGAGCAUUACAAAACUUCUUGAAUCUGCCGGCCUGGCAGUCAAGACUCUAACGUCCAUCAAUUCACCGUCCGAAACAACCUCUGCCAGUCGCCGAGAAGCAUUUACGGCCGCAACAGACACAUAUCUCAAAGACCUACAUUCUGUCGACGUUCGCCUUAAGCGCCAAAUCAAGGGGCUCGAUGAUGCGGGUGUAAUAAAAGCAGAACCGGAGACUGAAGAGGAGGGCGAUAAGGGAAAGCAAGCACCGGAAACCAAGAAUGGCGCGGUAGAUGUUGGAUGGCUCAACACUCGAAGCAACAAGGUUGGGAGGGACAUGGAGGCAGAGCUUUGGGAGAAGGCACGGAUUUUUUUGGACGGUUUAGAAGCCAAAAAGUCCGGUGGUUCUCUGCCUGGUCAGAACGGAGGGGGAACGGAAGGCCGUGGGGAAUCCAACGGCGAUGCUAUGGACACUUCAUGAUCACGGAAAGAAUGCCAUAUAAUUGGUUGUCUGAAUACAAAUAUGGUCUUUUAUACCCACGAAAAUCGGUCUCGUGCAAGCAUAUACCUUGGCAUUCGAGGUUUAAUUGCUGCUCCCAUCAUGCUGGCAAACUCACAGGAAGGCGACGAUAAGCAAGGGGCUGAUAUGUAUUAUUGCAUGGCAUCGAGAGAAUAUAAGGAGCAUAAACAAGAGCAGCUCGGUUUAUGAGGUAGCUUGAUUUAUAGUGCAAUUGCUCAAAUAUCUUGAGUGGUAAUAAUAUUCACAGGUGAAUAUUAAAGAAAUACAUCGUCAUUAUAUUGAGAGUUACUUGAUAAUGUAAAAUUAUGCAAACAAGGGCUCUAUAAUUCUAAAUAUAAAUGAAUGAAAAUACC